UGCAUGCCAGUGGAAGUGUAGUUAUGAUGGCUUUACCGCUCAUUUCACAUUAAUAUACAGUUUUUCUUUAUUUGUAGAGACUCCAGUUAUUUCUCGUGAGAGGAUAGUUGCAAGUUAUUACACAGCAGGCGAGUCGAAAGAACCGCCGUUAGUCAUGCAGGCAGUGAAGGAGGAGGAGGAGGAUGCAUCAGCUGAAGAAUAUGUUGCCCUGUCUAAUUUCACUGGAAGUGGCAGUGACCAGUUAAGUUUCAGCAGCGGGGACAGACUGCUCGUGCACGCGAAGCCCUCAGCAGAGUGGUGGUGGGCAGAGCUGCACGGGGUCAUAGGUUAUGCUCCUGCCAGCUACCUGCGCCAGGAGGAGGAGGAGGAGGAGGACCCCUCUCUGGAAGACCCAUGGCAAGAUGAAGAGUACUUCGGCAGUUAUGGGACACUGAGGCUUCAUUUGGAGAUGUUGUCAGAUAAGAGCCGCACUGAGGCGUACCGGCAGGUUAUUAUCAGCAACAGUGCCUCCCUGAGGAAUAAGGUGGUGAUGGACCUGGGCUGCGGGACUGGAAUCAUCAGCCUGUUUUGCGCUCAGCUGGCACAACCCUCAGAGGUAUAUGCCGUGGAGGCAAGCUCAAUGGCAGAGUACACCAGACAGCUGGUGAAGCAGAACGGCUGUGAGGAGGUGGUCACGGUGCUCCAGGGACGAGCUGAGGAGAUCGAGCUACCUGAGCAGGUGGACGUCUUGGUGUCUGAGUGGAUGGGAAACUGCCUGCUGUUUGAGUUCAUGGUGGAGUCAGUUCUGCUGGCCAGGGACCGCUGGCUGAAGGAAGGCGGUGUGAUGUGGCCUUCGUCUGCGGCCCUCAGCUUGGUGCCGUGUCAGGCCAACAGCUAUUAUGCAGAGAAGAUGGCCUUCUGGGAGCAGCCCUACGGUCUGGACUUCACUCCUCUUCAGCCCUUGGCUCAGCAGGAGUUCUUCACCAAGCCAAAGUUCAGCCACCUCAUUGAGCCCAAUGACUGCCUCACCGCUCCCUGUGAUGUCCUAUGCCUCGACAUGUACACUCUGCAAGUCAAAGACUUGGAGGAAAUAAAGGGUCAGUUUCAUUUCUGUGUGGAAAAGUCUGGUGUUUUCCAUGGAUUCACAGCCUGGUUCACUGUUCACUUUGAGAGCCUGGAGACGGGAGGCGCUACAGUGGAGCUAAACACCGGACCUAAUUCUGAGCCAACACACUGGAAGCAGACUCUGUUCAUGCUGGACAGGCCGGUCAGUGUGUAUGCUGGAGACUCCAUCAGUGGAACCAUUCUCCUGCGCAGGAACCCCGUCUGGAGACGCCACAUGACCGUUACCCUGCACUGGAGCAUCAACAGCAGCACAGAGGACACAGACAGCUGCCAGGCAAGCAUUUCAUCUUAAAUGUUGCACUCUCCUAAUCUAAUUCAUUAACUAUGUCCACACAGUGGUUUGUAAAUUGUUUUAUUGUCUUUUGCAGCAUGUGGUUGCAUCUCUCACUCUCAUGCACUGUGAUUCCCAAGGGUCUCAUUUUUUACUUUCGAUUUGUAAAUGGUGUCCUUCAAGUGACUUUUUUUGCUCUUUGUCCGUAGGUUGGGACAAAGAGUUUCCCCAUGUGGAGGUGACAGAUUGUCAUCGUUGGUGGAGAUCCACAGGAAAACAGUCUAACACAUGUCCUGUUGAGUUUUGGGUGAGAGAGGUUUCAGCUGUGAGCUGCUGCUGACCUGGAAUAAGGUGUGACAGUCAAAGGUGGUCCAUCUGAUGGCAAAUGCAGUCCCACAUUAGCCCCGUAAGUACAGGUGUAGGUGAUACAGCACAGUACAAACCAUGUUUUAAGGAAAGAAUUUACAAGCUGAGAAUGAACUGUGGAGCGUUACAGUAUUUUUGAUUUGAGCGCUCACUGGCCUAAGUGGAAAAAGAGGCUUUAUAGAGGACAAUGUCUGAAACACACAAAUUUGUUUUGAACAGAUAUGCGGUCUCAAGGUGCAACAAAAGAAAUGGCUCAGUCCUCCACACUAUGCUUUUAUGAUUAUUUUCUACUCUAUGUGCAUAUUGUUUUACAAUAGGCAUUUAAUUUACAUUGAUGGUACAUGGAUCAAGUGCUAUUGUACAUGCCAGUAAGCUUGUAUGGGUUUAAAUAAACAACAGAUUAACCAUGAACUAUAAUGGUUACAAAUAUUUUUUUUAUAUUCACAGAUUAGAGUGAACA